AUGAAUACACGCCUCUUUCGAGACGAAGUUCGAAGCGAUGGGUAAAUGCGUGUGUACAUGCCCGUAAAGGCUGCAAGUAGGAGGCAAGGAAAGGCGAGGGUAAUGUUGAACAUCGAUGGAGCUCAUGUAAUUUGGUCAACAAGCAUUAAGGGUUUCAGUAAGUGUUGAAAUGUUUGACGUUUACCGGCUGCACGGAGUCGAUAUGUGUUGAUGUGCCAUGGCUCCGCGAUGGUUUCACCUCUGUGCGCUGGUGUUCUGUCCUCCUCACGGUAUCCGGAUGGGAAAUCUCUGCAGAAAAGUGGCACACUGGCCUCGAAAUUAAUUCCAGAAUUCUCCAACAUCGGAAAAGUAUUAUAAAGAUAUGGAUAAACACUGCAUAGUGAAGGAUGAAGCCACGUCAAAGGCAGCAAAGCGCAAGGAAAACAAACAGAAACAUGGACGGCUUUUUCGAAAGAAAUCAUUGAAGUCGGUGGGGAGUUUUGUAAAUAAAAUAAUCAAAACUUUGGGCACUUUCACCCACUUUGGAGACGUUGCAGUUCAGGGCGCAGAGGAUGACGAUGGAGGGUUUCGUGACGGGACACCUUGCACACUCAGUGCCAACUCAGGAAAUAUCAAAGAGGAUGACGCCGGGGAUGAUUCUGUUAAAAAUAAUGCGAUAGCUUCUUCCCGUUGCUCGGUGAAAGAAAGAGUUUUAUGGUGCUAUGGUGGCAAAAUUCCAGGUGUUCUAGGCUUGAAAAAUCAUGGGAACACCUGUUUCAUGAACGCCGUGGUCCAGUGCUUGAGCAACACUGACCUGCUCGCAGAGUAUCUCGGGUUGGAGCGGUACAAAUUGGAUUUGAGUCGAAGGAGAAUUAAUGGGGUAGUUAGAAGUGAAGACACGCAGCAUGCCAGAGGUGAAGUCACUGAGCAGUUGGCAUCACUUGUUAGGGCACUCUGGACUCUAGAAUACAUCCCGCAACUGUCAGUGGAAUUCAAGAGUAUAGUAUCCAAGUAUGGAUCCCAAUUCCGAGGAAACUCACAACAUGACGCCCUGGAGUUCCUACUUUGGCUUCUGGACCGAGUUCACGAGGAUGUCAACUUGUCCUCCUGCAGCAACAACAAUAACAAGACCAAAGCCCCAGGGAAGGGCCCUGGUAUAUCAGAGGAGGCGAUGGUCACUGAGCUUCCCCACUCGCAGCAGCCCGGGGCAUGCCACAGCUUUGUACAGGAACACUUCCAGGCACAAUACAAGUCAUCGCUGACCUGCCCUCAUUGUCAUAAACAGAGUAACACCUUUGACCCUUUCCUCUGCAUUUCACUUCCCAUCCCUCUGCGCCACACCAGGCCUUUGUGUGUAACUCUGGUCUUCAGUACGAAGGGUCAGAGAUACCUGCGCAUCGGGCUGGCUGUGCCUCUCUUUGGCUCGCUGGCCUUUCUGAGAAGGAUGUUGGCGGAUGAGGGGAAGAUCUCCCCAGACCAGGUGAUCCUGACAGAGAUCUACACCACAGGCUUUCAGCGCUCCUUCUUUGAUGAGGAGGAUCUGACGUGCAUAGCCGAGACUGACAUCAUCUAUGCCUUCCAGGCCCCACCCCUAUACAUCAGAGGAGGCUCUGCACUAUUCUCAGGGUACCACCACAGCCUGCCGUCCUCGCCAUACUCCUCCGGGCCCGAAGGUCAAAGGUUACCUCCAUCCGGAACUUUGUCAUCUGAGUUCCUGAACCAUGGUGUGCCGGUGAAGAUCCUGUUGCUGGUGUGCAACGCCGCCUGGAAUGCCCAGCAGGCUGUCAGGUUUGGACCUCCGUUCCUGAUGAGGGAGGACCGCUCCAUCUCCUGGGACCAGCUGCAGCAGAGCAUCCUCAGCAAGCUCUACUACCUGAUGAUCAACGGAGCACAGGCCCAGAAUGCCAGAGUGCUGUUUAAGAUCUGUGUGGUGGGAGGAUCAGCGUCCUACAGCUACCUCUCCCCCCAGGAUGGACGGCCGCUUUACCACCCAGCAGUGAACAGAGCUCUUAAUCUCUGUGGCUCAGGAGGACCGCCCCAUGUGAAGCUCAUCAUCGAGUGGGAACACAGAAUCAAAGACUGCCUGUUUGGGAACAUCCAGGAGGAGGUGGUGAAGGAUGCUGAGAGUGUGAGAGGCCAGCAUCAGCAGCACGUCCAGCAGCACAGUUGUACCCUGGACGAGUGCUUUCAGCUCUACACUAAAGAGGAACAGCUGGCCCCAGACGAUGCAUGGAAAUGUCCCCACUGUAAGCAGAUGCAGCAGGGCAUGGUGAAGAUGAGCCUGUGGACGCUGCCUGACAUCCUCAUCCUCCACCUCAAGCGCUUCCGGCAGGUGGGCGAGCGCCGCAACAAGCUGGCCACGCUGGUGCGCUUCCCCCUGGACGGCCUAGACAUGGCGCCCCAUGUGGUGAAGAGGAGUCAGAGCACCCGGCUGCCCCCCCACGGUCCUCUGCUCCCCGGCCCCCUGCACCCGGCCUGGAAACAGCCCUGCCCACCCGACGUGGCCCCUCCAGACUUCCUAUAUGACCUCUAUGCCGUGUGUAACCACCACGGAGGCAUGCACGGGGGACAUUACACAGCGUUCUGCAGGAACUCAUUGGACGCCCAGUGGUAUGGGUAUGAUGACAGCAGUGCAGAGCCAGUCACAGAGGGGGAGGUGUGCACACGGGGAGCCUACAUCCUCUUCUACCAGAGACGCAACACCAUCCCUCCAUGGUCAGCCAGCUCCUCUCUCAGAGGCUCCACCAGCUCCUCCAAGUCAGACCACUGGCUGAUCCGUCUGACGCGGGACAGUCUGUUCUCUGGGGGGUCCACCUCUGGCCCUCCUGGCCCCACACCAACCCCCGAAUCCCCAGAGCUCCCUGUGUUCGUGGACGAGCCUCUCAAAACAGAGACAGAUAGGUUUGAGAAUAAGCCAUUUGUCCGAGGCAUUCAGGGCAGGAGCGUGAGCAUGAGGUCACCCACUAAGACCAAGGACACCCUGAGCAAAGUGCUGCCCCUGCGCUGGUCCUUUGGUUCCAAGGACCGCCCCAAACCCUCCGCCCCCAGGCGAGGGGAGCUGGUGGAGUACCUGGAGUCAGGGCGCAGGCCGCGGUGCACCAAGGACCCCAUCAUCACCCUAGUGGCCACCCCGCUCCAGGGCGGGCACAGGGAGCUGGGCAGCUCCCCCAGUGGGAGCAGCCUGAGCUGCAUGGACAGGUCCAACUCUGAGGCCUGCGACUCCCCAAGAGUACCAGAGGGCCAGAGCAGGCCUGCCGUAGAGAGGAGCUCCAGCCUGGGCCUCAAUAUUAUCACUAAAGCCAGGGAUGACAGCUCACUGGGCCGGAGGUCCUCCAAGAGGUUCAGGCAGGACCAGGGCAGGACCCUGGACCCUCACACCCAUAGAGGCUCCACUGAUGGGGUCCACAUCAGCCACAGUGCCCCCCCAAGUAGGGACUCUACACUGAAGAGGCCCAAGGCCCAAGCAGGGCUGACCUCCAGAGUAGGGGUGCUGCAGGCUGGUCUACAGCCUGAGGAGAGGAAGGGGAUGAGGGGUCAGGAGGUAAGGAGCCACGACAGCCUCUUGUCCUUUUUCAAAUCAGGCUUCCUGAAGAAAGACACUCAGAGUACACCUAGCAAGGGGGAGGUGGUCCGGGCCAAUGGCCACGGACGAGCCAGCAAGGUGGCAAACGGUAGUUCGUCUAAACUCUCCCUCUCCAAUGGGACUCUGAACGGUGUAGCGCUGGAGGAAAAGAGGGCCAACGGCACCCCUAGAAGUGACUGCCGUCACAGCAAAGGGGAGCUUGUCAACGGGAGGGCAGGUAGUCACAGCUCUGCUGCGGACAUCAAGCGUGCCCACAGCUCCAGUAACAUCCAGACCAAAUUGGACUUGACCCUGCGCAGGUGUGCUUCUCUGCAGAGGAACGGGCAGGUAGCUCCGCCGGCCUCCCGCAGCAGCCUGGCCACAGACAAGCCCAGCUAUGCCACCCUGCAGCGGGCACGCUACAGCACCACUUCCCUGGGCAGGCAGCAGAGACCCGUCCCCGAGUCCUGCUUCUGACUCCCUCCGCACAGCUAGGCUAACUGGCUGCUGCCACAGCAGUAGAGUUAUCUGGAGUGUGUGUCUCUUUAUUUAGAGUUUGUGCCAAUCCUACUGCCAGGGUUAGCAUGUUAGUGUGAGCUGAGCAGUCUGGCCACCACUGCUAGAGCAGCGGAAUAGUCACGGUGUUACUAUAAGACAGGUUCUUAGGGGAGGCUUUGCCAACAGCUGAAAUCAGUAAUGCAGUGCGUAACAGUUAACUGUCUGUCAUAGUCUUCUGUUAAUGUAAGUGCCUCUGUGACAGUUCAGAAUGAUUGUUUGUUGAACACUGGAACCACGCUAUUGAUUGACACACAUCACAUCCAGACGGUCACCAGGUCUCUGUAGUAUAGCCAGCAGAGCUGUUGUUUCUGAAGGGCAUCAUGUACCCUCUGUUAACACUGAUGUUUAUUGACGUAUUGUCUUUGUGUGUAAAUGAAUCUAUGCAGACUGUGUACAAUGGAGAGGUACAACUGCUGUAUUGUGAUCAUAUUUAUUCCACAGACAUGUCAAGCAUCUUUCUUGGUUGUAUGCUGUCCUUGAUUUUCUAUUGAUGUAGCCGUGGAGGAAUAUCCUGCACGAAAGGAUUCAAUUAAAUGAUUGUCUGUCUGUGCUUCCACUGCAAACUGUUUGCUGGGACCUCACACACUUAUGUUAUUGCUAAUAUUCAUCAUGUAUCAUCCACUGUCAGUGGCAACUGAACGAAACAAGUACUGUAAUAACCUGGUUGUUACACACCUGUUACUGACUACCGUACUGUAACGACGGUGUGUGAUUGGAGGAGAAGUAAGGGUAGAGGAAUGAAAUGCCGAUUUAUUUUUCGGAACUAACAUGAUUGAAAUACUGGGUUGAAAAGAGGGUAGUUGGCACACCAUGUACUCCAGCACAGUGAUGGUCUUGUAUAAUCCACAAUAGAUUUAAUGGAUCUUGAACCAAAGUUUGUGCCAAUCAGAACAUUCAUCAGGACCCUGAUAAAGGUCUAGAUAAUCUAGUAAAUAAUCUCGUAAAAUAAUCAGAAAGAGUCACUUGAGAGUUUUGUACAUUGACUUGUGUGAACUUAGAUGGGUGCUAUUAUGUGAUGGUGAACUGUUGUGGAACCUCCUCACACCGGUGGUUUAGGUGGUUUAGGCCCCUUAUAGAGCAGCAGGGACAGACUGACAGCCCAUUUCAAGGCUUUUAAUGUCACUCCCUGUAUCUCCCCACUGCUGAGCUACAGAGAAAGUUACUGCCUGUGUUUCACAAUAACUCACCAGGGGGCAUUAAACCUGCUCCCCUGUUGCCAUGGCAAACUCCCUUAAAGAUACCAACUGUGAAGGUGCUGCUGUCUGUUGUACUCUGCAGAGGGGCAGGGAUUUCUUGGUUUUCAUUCAUUUUCAACCUAAAACAUCUCUUGCCUUAGGUUCCAAUAUACAAUACAUGACGAUCUAUUACAUUACAUGAAGAUAAUUUUGUAAUUUUUCCUAUAGAGUGCUGUAAUGCAAUUUAUUCGUUAGCCAUAGGGUACAUGCCAAUUCAGAUAUAUGCACGUUCUGUAUAUGUUCUAGUCAGUGCAGAUUUCCCAGAAACAAUGGUUGGAAACGUAUGAUGUGUGUUUUAUGUUAGGAGGGUGUAGAGCAAAUGUGUUUGAGCUUACAUCAACUGUAUAUGAACAUAUGAAGUAGUAAUACAGAUAUUACCAACAUAAUAGCAUACAGUGCUUCUGUAAAGGGAAAAACACUAGUAGAUUAAAUGUAUUGAUCUAUUAGAUUUCUGAGUUACUUAAUUACUUAGGCCCAUCGCCCCAUGAGAAGCAUAGGCCAUCAACUGAGUUGACUUCAUGUAUCUGAAAUGAUCUAGAAUCUAGAAUCAUUUACUAUUCUCCUAAAAUAUAAUGUUAAUAUGUAGGAUAUAUACUGUAUGAUUGUGUUAGCAGACAUACAGUAGUAGCUAUGCAAUAUAAUGGACCAUAUGGGAUGCCCCAUAUGCAUCAUCAUAACUUCUUCUAAUGGGGAUUGGUUGAUGACACUACACCAUCAACCAUCAUGACAAAUUGGUUGAUGACACUACACCAUCAACCAUCAUGACAAAUUGGUUGAUGACACUACACCAUCAACCAUCAUGACAAAUUGGUUGAUGACACUACACCAUCAACCAUCAUGACAAAUUGGUUGAUGACACUACACCAUCAACCAUCAUGACAAAUUGGUUGAUGACACUACACCAUCAACCAUCAUGACAAAUUGAUUGAUGACACUACACCAUCAACCAUCAUGACAAAUUGAUUGAUGACACUACACCAUCAACCAUCAUGACAAAUUGAUUGAUGACACUACACCAUCAACCAUCAUGACAAAUUGGUUGAUGACACUACACCAUCAACCAUCAUGACAAAUUGGUUGAUGACACUACACCAUCAACCAUCAUGACAAAUUGGUUGAUGACACUACACCAUCAACCAUCAUGACAAAUUGGUUGAUGACACUACACCAUCAACCAUCAUGACAAAUUGGUUGAUGACACUACACCAUCAACCAUCAUGACAAAUUGGUUGAUGACACUACACCAUCAACCAUCAUGACAAAUUGGUUGAUGACACUACACCAUCAACCAUCAUGACAAAUUGGUUGAUGACACUACACCAUCAACCAUCAUGACAAAUUGGUUGAUGACACUACACCAUCAACAUUGGCUGAUGACACUAGCUCAAAUGUUAUGCCUUUUUUUUUUUUUUCACUUGUUCUCAUCAAAAAAAUUUCUGUAUCACUUUGUUUACCAUAACGAGCACUUGUUUUGGAAGGGACCCUAAAUGAAGGAUGCUUUCCUUGGGAGGGCAUGGGUUGAGUAUAUUUUAUAUGCAACUUUUGUAAAAGUCUACAUUUUAUACCUGAUUUGUAAUUAUGUAAAUGAAGGCUGCAGAUGAUCAAAUCAGAUCAUGUAUGCUUCUGAUCAGAGAGCAACGUCAGGAUAAAGCACAAGUGGACUUUAAUUGUGAACUUAACAUAUAUAUUGUAUCUGCCUCUAAUAUCUGCUUAUUACCAUACUGGAAUUUAUUUGAAUUGCAAAUUAAACACAGCUUUUCUCACAA